AUGGAGUCCCUUAUAAGGAUGAACAUGGUGCGAAAUUCAGAGAGGCGAGACGAUCAGAGGGAACUGCUUCAAGAAGCCUUGAUUUGUUUCAUUUGUUUGUGUUCGAAAGCCGCCUCCUCCCCCCUCACGGCUCAAGGCCGGACACUCUCCCAGACUCGCUUGCCCCUUCCGCCCCCUCCCCCGUUGGGUGCUUCCGGCACCAUGGCCUCACAAGCUGACUGGGAGCGUCUUCAGCACACGGUACAGUGUGGUGCUCUGCCCCGAUCCGCCCUGACUGCCAGCCAUGCCUACACAAACAUUUUUACGCGAUGGUGCAACCAGCGUCUGGCCAAGCGACAGCUGGAUCCAAUGGCCGAUGUGGUAACCGACAUUGGCAAGCAAAACCGACUUAUUCAGCUCGUUGAGAUCUUGUCCGAGCGGACGUGCGACAAAAAGAUUAUCGCCAAUGCCCGCGUCAAAGCACAGGAGAUUGAAAACUUGACCAAAGCCCUCGAGUUUGUGUACGAGUGUGGUGUGGACAUGAAGCUCAAACCCUCACCGGAGAAUCUCUAUGACGGCGAUGACCGCGCUGUCCUUGGUCUCAUCUGGGCUCUCAUGAUGAAGUAUCUCAAGUUUGCCCAGGAAGAUGAUGAAAACCUCUCUCCCAAGGAAGCAUUGUUGCGUUGGGUCAAUCUCAACACCAACGGCCAUGCCCACGCCGAGGUCUCCAACUUUACCAAGGACUUUCAAAAUGGCAUGGCCCUCUGCGCUCUGAUCCACAAGUUUAGGCCCGAGCUCAUUCCCUACGAUAGCCUCGACCCCGCCGACAAGCUCCAUAACUUGCGCUUGGCAAUCACGGCCGCUGGCCAGUACUUUGGCAUGGAGCCUUAUUUGACGGCCGAAGACAUUGGCAAACUGGACGAAAAGUCCAUGCUCGUGUUCGUCUCUGAAUUUUACAGCGGUAUUACCGAGCAGCUGAAACUCGAGCUGGCCGCCCGACGCAUUGCCCAGGUGGUAGCCUUCACCAUGACCAACGAUGAACUCAAGGCCCGCUAUCUCGCCGAAGCCGCUGCACUCCACACGCGCAUUCAGCAAGCCGAGGCACAGCUCACCGCUUAUGGUCAAGCCAAGUCCACGACUAUGACUGGCGCCCUUCAGCAACUCUCAAGCUUCAACAAGUAUCGCAGCACGGAGAAGCGUGACAUGUACUCGGAACACAUCAAGCUUGAAGCCCUCUUCACCAACCUGGCGACUCGCCUCGCUGACAACAGCCGCCCGCCCUUCCUCCCUGAUGAGCCCCAUCUGCGCGUUGAGGUGCGCGCCGACCGCCUCAAGGGCCUGCUGAAGCUUGAGCAGGAUGUUGGUCUCUUCUUGCAUAAAGAAGUCAGCCGCCAGCACCGCUUGCAACAGUUGGACCAGGAGCACCACUCACGCUAUAACAAGCUGAUCCAAUGGACCACGGAACGCGAAAGCAACCUGCCAGACGUCGACGCCGUCAAGUCCUCCGGGCAAGCACGUAACCUGCUUAAGCUCCUCGAGAGCACCGCCGAAGAGAUUCAAUCCCUACAAGAUACCUCUGUCGCCAAGCUGCGCGAGAUUCGCGAGACGUUGGCCAAGGACACCUACGAGUUUCUUGCCCGGGUUGAGGAGCGAGAAAAGGACUUGAGCGAACGCCUCGGUGGCUUCUCGGCCACCCUCAUGUACCGCGCACCUGGCUUUGAGGAUGCCCUGCAACGCGAAACCCUUCGAGAACAGGUGGAGCAACGAGCCUCGGUGCACAAGGACAUGUGCGAGCAAGUCACCGCCUGGGGCCAUCAAGAGCAAACUUACCUCCAGACCAAGGAAGCCGUCACGUCUUACAGCGAUGCCAAGCUCCAAUUGAGCUUGUUGGAUGGACAUGCGGCUGAGCGUCAGGACCAGAUCAACGGCCCCAUUCAGAACAUCAAAGAGCUCGGUCGUGGCAUCUGCUCUGCGAGCUAUGAAAGCACCCUGUCUCGCUGGCAAUUUGCAGACACCGCAACAAUUCUGCGACGUGAGGGAGAAAUUGACACGCUCUGGGCUGAGCUCGAACGUCUCGCCAGCGAAAAGCACAAGGUACUGGAGGAUGACGUGGCACGUGAGGCCUAUGCUCGAGAUACACGUUUGCUGGCGCAGCAGCACCUGUCCAAGAGUGAGCAGCUCAACUCUUGGGCGGACGGGCGCUGCACAUACUUGCGAGCGCGAGAGCCGUGUGACGAUGAAGCCACCGCUCGUUUGCUGCUUGGCCUGCUUGGUGCCUUCCACGAAGAGCUCGACAUUUUGCAGCGCACCGAUGUUGCUACCUGGGUGGCAUUGGGACGCACAAUCCUUGACCGCCGCUAUACUGGUCUGUCCAGCUAUGUUUACGAAGACCCCACUGCUCUUCAGACUCGCGAGCAGCAAUGGCAGGCUCGAGUCGGAGAGAUGAACGAACUUGCCACUGCGAAGAAACCGUUCCUGGAGGACCACCUCGCUCGCGUCGAGUUUCAAGAAAGUGUGCGUCUUCAAGUGCGUAGCCACGCUGAUGCACAUGCGCUGCUGCAGGCGUGGUACACCGAUAAGCGCGCCUUCUUGCAGCGUAAGGAGGUCAUCCAAGACGUGCAAAGUGCACUCUUUCACCUGGGGCUCCUAGCCACCUUUCAACAAGAGCUGGCUGACGUCAUUGCUGGGCCGCUGACCGCCCUGCGUACGCUCGGCACGGCCAUUCGCGACGCCAAGUACGAGAGCACCUUUUCAAGCUGGGUGUACGAGGAGCCUUCCGCAGUGACUGCGCUCGAGACCGAAGUUGAAGCGCAGUGGAUGCCCGAGCUGGAGCGCCUGGCUCAGGACAAGGUAACUGUUCUGCAGGAUGAUUUGGCUCGGGAACAAUUUCGUGAUCGUACACAGCUUCAGGUGGGUAACCACCGGGAGAUGUUUGAUGCGCUCGAAGCAUGGGCACAGGUCAAGGUCGCCUACCUAGAGCACAAAGAGGAUGUGCAUGACUCUGAGGCCGCUAAAACCCAGCUCAGUCUCCUUGCCGCGUUCCGCGACGAGAAGCGUGGCAUGCACGAUACCUCAGUCGCGUCCCUGCGUGCAGCUGGCGAGCAGAUCCGUGCUGCGGAGUAUCAAACGUCCUUGUCGUCCUGGCGCUACGAGCAACCCGAUGCUGUUUCAGCCCUGGAGGCACAGAUCGAAGCACGCUGGCAAGAGAUGGACGCGCUUGCGGAUCGCAAGCAGGCCGUGCUUGAAGAUGAUCGUGAUCGUGAGCUGUACGCAGAGCACACACGCUUGUUAGCUGGCCGUCACGAUGCUGAGGCACAGCGUCUCAAUGAGUGGGCUGAUGAGCGUGAAGCUUACCUCAAGGCUCGUGAGACCUGCGACACCAUCGCGCAGGCGCAGUAUUUGCUUGCUGUUCUGGAUCAACACGGUGCUUUCAAACGGGCCAAGUCCGACUCGACACUAGUGUCUUUUCACCGUCUAGGACAGGAAAUCCUCGCCCGCAAGUAUGAAACAAGCUUGAGCACCUACGUAUAUGAGACCCCAGAACUUGUUCAAGGUCGCGAGGCCAGUUUGGCUGAGCGGUGGCAGCAACUGGACACCCUGGCUGCCGAGAAGUUGCCCUUUUUACAGGAUCACCUGGCCCGCAAUGAAUUCCAGAACCGCGUCCGUCUCAUGGUCAGCAAUCAUCGCGACAGCUUUCAAAAGCUAAGCGAUUGGGCCAAGGUCAAAGAGGCCUACCUCCAAACACGCGAGGCUAUCCACAGUGUGACCGAAGCCAAACUGCAUCUCAGCUUGCUGGACGGGUUUCGCACCGAGAAACAGGAUAUCUCCGCUGGAGCCGUGGCGGCGUUGAAUCAGCUCGGCCAGGAGAUUCGUGAUGCCACCUAUAGUACCAGCUAUUCCUCCUGGCAGUAUGAGCAGCCGGAUGAAGUCAGUGCACUUGAAAGUCGCAUCACUACGCGAUGGGCCGAGCUGGACGGCCUGGCCACUGAAAAGCAGGCCGUACUAGACGACCACCUGGCACGCGAGGAGUACGCCGAACAGACAAGGCUGCUGGCCGGACAGCAUUUGGAUCAGCACAACCGAUUGCAAGCCUGGGCGACCGAAAAGCAGGCUUAUCUCGACGUACGCGAAACGGUGGAUACGGUGCAAGAUGCCCACUAUCACCUUAGCGUGCACCAAGCUUACGUAGGCGACAAAGCCACGGUGACCGCAGCUGACCUUGCCUCGCUGCAAAAGCUGGGUGCGAACAUCCUGGCUCGAUCGUACAAGACUGCGCUCUCAGCCUAUACCUACGAGGAGCCGGCCAGCAUCACGGAUCGCGAAGCCUCGUUGGCCGCGGCCUGGCAACAGCUAGACGCCGCCAGUGCUGUUAAGUUACCUAUCCUUGAGGACCAUCUGGCCCGCAAUGUCUUUCAGGAGAAGGUGCGCCUGUGGGUGCGAAACCACCAGGAUGCCCACGCCAGCCUACGUGAUUGGUCCGUGAAUCGUCAGGCCUACCUUGAAACCAAAGAGCACGUCGAGUCAAUCGCCGCUGCUGAGCUUGCGCGUAGCGUUUUGGACGCGUUUCGCCAAGAAAAGGCCGACGUCACCAAGGGUAAUUUGGCCGCCCUACGCGACCUGGGGAAUCAAAUUCGGACGGCUCGCUACGAAACAGUUCAUUCCAACUGGGCUUACGAGCACCCGGAGGCCGUGACAGCCCUUGAAGAAGAAAUCGCUGGCCCAACCUGGGCCGCUCUUGAUCAGCUGGCCGAAGCCAAACAGGCCGUGCUGGAUGAUGACCUGGCUCGAGAGCAGUUCAAAGAGGCCACACGUCUCAAAGUGCAGAAUCACAAGCGUCAGCACGAGCAACUCGACGCCUGGUGUCAGGCUCAAAGCGCAUAUCUCACCAAGAAGGAAGAUGUGACCAACAGCACCGUGGCCAAAGCUCAGCUCAGCCGCUUGGAGCUCCACGUGGCAAAAAAGGCCGACUUGACACAGGCCGACAAGGCCAACCACGUUGCCCUGGGAGAGGACAUUCGCGCAGCCAAAUACGAAACAGGGCACAGUUCGUGGGUGUACGAGGCCCCAGCGACGCUGCUGGAGCUUGAGGCCAGCUUGGCCACGUUUUGGCAGCAACUGCAAGCUGAACACGCAGCCAAAUUGGGCGUGCUUGAGGACGACCUGGCGCGCGAGACGUACGCUGAAGAGACGCGGCUUCUGGCUGAUCAGCACGAGGCCACUCAGAGCCUCUUACGCAACUGGGUUGAGGCCAAGCAAGCAUACUUGCAGCAGCGAGAGGCCGUGGACAGCACCCGCGACGCGCGCUUCCACAUCUCCUUGCUUGAAGCAUUCAUGCACGAACACCAGGCAAAGACCGAGACAUCGUUGACCAGCUUCCAAGCGCUUGGCGCCAAUGUCUUGGCACGUAAGUAUGCCACCUCACUUAGUUCAUACGUCUACGAAAAGCCCGAGGCCGUGCGGGAGCGAGAGGCCACUCUCGUAGCUCCUUGGGAAGCCCUGCUGAGUCUGGGCACGGACAAACGCGCUAUCCUCGAUGACCACCUGGCACGGUGUCUAUUCCAGGAUGAGACGCGUUUGGCCGUGCGCCUUCACGGUGAGUUUCACGGUGAGCUGCAAAAGUGGGCUGCUGCCUCACAAAGUUACCUGGACGCGCGAGAGGUCAUCGAGACCGAGGAGGAAGCCACGCUUCAGCUUAACUUGCACGCAGCGCAUGUCAGCGAGCUGGAAGAUAAGCGCACGGGUGCCCUGGCAGCACUAGAGACGCGUGGUGGCAAGAUCCGCUCAGCCCGCUAUGAAACAUCCAUCUCAGCCUGGAGCUACGAAAAGCCGGACGAGGUGCAGGCGCUGGAAGCGGCUCUCUUGUCGGCUUGGGCUGGUCUGCGCGAAGCCGCAGCGACCAAAGCUGAUUACCUGAAGGAUGCCCAGUCACGCAACCAGGUCAAGGCGGCCGUACUACUGUUGGCUGAUCGCCAUGACGGUGCUUGCAGCCGCUUAAUGCAGUGGGCGGGAUCCAAAACCACUUAUCUUGACACACGGGAAGCGCUGGACAGCCUGGUGGCCGUGGCUGUGGCCCAACGUCUUUUGGAGGCCUUUGAUCGAGAAAAGGAGAUGAUGCAAAAUACGGCGCUUGCGAGUGUGAAGGCCCUUGGGGCAGAGGUCAAGACCACCACGUACCAGUCCUCCCUCUCCAGUUGGCAAUAUGCUGAACCACAGCAGAUUGAUGCACGAGAAGCGCAGAUUGAUGCCGCCAUGAUUUCGCUCCACACCAAGGGUGAAGCCAAACGGACCCGCCUUGCUGAGGAUGAACGACGAGAGGAAGCCAAGGAGGAGUUGCGACACCGCUUUGCGCAUGCAGCACACGCGUUCCAGAGCUUUGUGAAGGACAACGUCAUCUUCCUGCUGGACAAGCAAGACAGCAACAGUGCGUCGGGCGCGGCCACUUAUGGGUUCACCUUGGAGGAGACAUUGGCGUUUAAGGCCGAGUUGGAUCGUGAAGAUGUCCAGCUUGUUGCCCAAGCUGAUGCGCUAAAGGGCAAGGCCACACAACUCGACUCAGAGCUGGCCGCUUAUGGAGCGGUCACAAACGACUACACCAGUUUGACCACAACGACACUUGACGGCCUUUCUGGCGAACUGCAGGAUGCUAUCAAGCAGCGUUUGACGACUUACCAGCAAGAAUUGGAACGCAAGCAAGCCAAUGACGGCACCUGCCGCGAGUAUGCUGACCGCGUGCACCCUCUGCUUGAUCACAUGUACAGCAGCAUGGACAAGCUGGCUCGGCCUGAGGGCACGCUGGAGGAGCAGUUGGCUCUGAUUGAACAGGCCAUGCGCGCCUGCGAUGACCAUGACAAGGCCAUUGCCGACAUUCAUCAAAUGGAAAAGGAUAUGCAGGCACGGGCCAUCACGUUCAACCCCCACACGACAGUGACGGCGGAGGACUUGGAGAUUCAGCUGCAAGAUUUCCGAGAUAUCCUUCGGUACAAGCAGCCACUCCUGGAGAAGGAGAUUGAGUUCAAGCGCUCGCGUGGCGUGACUGCAGAACAGCUUCAGGAGAUUGAAGAUUUCUUCCGCAAUUUUGACAAGGACAACUCGGGAAGCAUUGAACGCAAAGAGCUCAAGGCGUGCCUUUUUUCCUUGGGCGAGGAAUUGACAAGCCAAGAAGUCGAGGGCUACGUGAAGAAGUUUGGUGGUGCCAACGGCUCUCUUAGCAUCAACCAGUUCCGCGAUCUGAUGGUCCACCUCAUUGGUGUCAUCCAUACUCAGCAGUCCAUCCUCGAUGCCUUCCGCUUCAUUGGUCGCGGAGACGAAUCCAUGGUUGCAAUGGAGAAGUUACAGCCACGAUUGACCAAGGCACAUUUCGAUUUUAUCGUCGCCUCACAACCCGCCACCGCGACCGGGCAGAUUGAUUAUCCCAAGUUUGUGGAUAACGUUUUUGCUCGCUAA